AUGGCGUUCAGCCCUUGGCAGAUCCUGUCCCCAGUGCAGUGGGCGAAAUGGACCUGGUCCGCGGUGCGCGGCGGGGGCGCCGGAGAGGACGAGGCCGGAGGGCCAGAGGGCGACCCCGAGGAGGAGGACUCGCAAGCCGAGACCAAAUCCUUGAGUUUCAGCUCGGAUUCUGAAGGUAAUUUUGAGACCCCUGAAGCUGAAACACCAAUCAGAUCGCCUCUCAAGGAAUCCUGUGAUUCAUCCGUAGGAUUGGCAGGACGGGGGGCCAAAACCCAAGAAUCACAAGAAGCUGAUGAACAGCUGGUAGCAGAAGUGGUUGAAAAAUGUUCAUCUGAGACUUGUUCUAGAACCUCAGAAAAUGAGGUAGCACAGCAGGCUAUUGAUUCUUAUGCGGCCAAGGAUCUCAAAGAAGAACCUGAACAUGAGAGUAGCAAAAUUUCAGUAGUGAGGCCAUUUUCAAUAGAAACCAAGAAUCCCACGGAUAUCCCAGCAGCUCUAGGAACAAAGGCCGCUUAUGGUUGUGUGACUGGGGUCUCGGGUGAGGCUUUGCCCUCCAGCACACCAGAAGCCAUCCCGGACAAGGCAAUGACAGAAGACACCAUGGGGGUUGCACUGGAGGCUUCCACAGAAGCUGACCUAAAGGCUGGCAGCUCCUGUCCAGAGCCUGUUCCCAGCAGAAGCAAGCUAAGAAAACCUAAACCCGUCUCUCUGAGGAAGAAGACAAUCGGUGAAUUCUUAGAAACUGAUACUGCCCUGGAGGGCACGCCUCUCCCCCAGGCAGCCUAUCAGUUCUGUCCCGAUGAGACGGAUGGGAACACAAAUGCUUUGCUAGGAGGUGCCAGGAUCCAGAAAUCUCCCCCUGAUAUGAAGGAAACUCUGGGCCCUCCCAGCAGUGACACCAACGACUCAGGAGUUGAGCUGCUGGAGGAGUCAAGGCACUCACCUCUGAAACUAGAGUUUGAUUUCACAGAAGAUGUGGAAAAUAUAGAGUCCAGAAAAGGCCUUCCAAGGAAGGUUGGCAGGAAACUGGGUAGCAAACUGCCUCCCAAGGUACAAAAAGAUAGCAUUAGUAAGCUGGUGGGCGCCAAAGGCGCAGACCAGCCUACAGACCCCACUGCACAUGGUGCUCCUCCCUCCCAGGCAUCUGCUAAGCUGGAUCCCAGCCAGUGGGAUCACCACAACUUCAAUCCCUUUGGCGGCCACUCCACUCUGCAGAACUCCCCCCCUCUCUCCUCUAAGGGCUCCUACCACUUUGACGCAUCCAUGGAUCCCUUUAAACCAACUACAGCGUUAGCAAGCAGUGACUUUUGUUCUCCCGCCGGUAAUCAUAUUAAUGAAAUCUUAGAGUCACCCAAGAAGGCAAAGUCGCGUUUAAUAACGAGUGGCUGUAAGGUGAAGAAAUAUGAAACACAGUCUCUUGCUUUGGAUGGCUGUUCUCAGGAUGAAGGAGCAGUGAUCGCCCAGAUUUCAGACAUUUCUAAUAGGGAUGGCCACGCUACUGAUGAGGAGAAACUGGCGUCCACUUCAUCUGGUCAGAAAUCAUCUGGGGCCGAGGUGAAAGGUGAGCCAGAGGAAGACCUGGAGUACUUUGAAUGUUCCAAUGUUCCUGUGUCUACCAUAAAUCAUGCGUUUUCAUCCUCAGAAGCAGGCAUAGAGAAAGAGACGUGCCAGAAGAUGGAAAAAGAUGGAUCUGCCAUGACCGGACUGUUGUUGGAGUCCUCUGUGGAGAAGGCCCCUGUGUCUGUGGCCUGUGGAGGGGAGAGCCCCCUGGAUGGCAUCUGCCUCAGUGAAUCAGAUAAGACAGCCGUGCUUACCCUCAUAAGAGAAGAGAUAAUCACUAAGGAAAUUGAAGCAAAUGAAUGGAAGAAAAAAUACGAAGAAACCCGACAAGAAGUCUUGGAGAUGAGGAAAAUUGUGGCUGAAUAUGAAAAGACCAUUGCCCAAAUGAUUGAAGAUGAACAGAGGACAAGUAUGACCUCUCAGAAAAGCUUCCAGCAACUGACCAUGGAGAAGGAGCAGGCCCUGGCUGACCUUAAUUCUGUGGAAAGGUCCCUUUCUGAUCUCUUCAGGAGAUACGAGAACCUGAAAGGCGUUCUGGAAGGGUUCAAGAAGAAUGAAGAAGCCUUGAAAAAAUGUGCCCAGGAUUACUUAGCCAGAGUUAAACAAGAGGAACAGCGAUACCAGGCUCUGAAGAUCCACGCAGAAGAAAAACUAGACAAAGCCAAUGAAGAGAUCGCUCAGGUUCGAACAAAAGCAAAGGCCGAGAGUGCAGCCCUCCAUGCCGGACUCCGGAAGGAACAGAUGAAGGUGGAGUCCCUGGAAAGAGCCCUUCAGCAGAAGAACCAAGAAAUCGAGGAACUAACGAAAAUCUGCGACGAGCUGAUUGCAAAGCUGGGGAAGACUGACUGAGUUUCCCGCCAUUAGCUCAGCAGAUCUGCAUUUGGCUGCUUUUCUCUUAACCACAGUUAUCUUGCCUUAUCCAGGAAUAAUUGUCCCUUUGCAGAGAAAAAAAAAAUCUUUAAAAAAGCACAUGCCCACUGCUGCCUGUCCCGCUUUGCUGCUGACACAACAGCCCUGGAAGGAACCCGAGAGCAUCGCACGGUCCUGGGAGGAGUGGCGUCCGAGCACUGUCCACCAAUAGGUUUGGUCAGGCUGCUAAGUUUGGGGGCGUGAUUUCUCUGUCUUUAGUUCAUUUUUAAAAGUCAUCUUUUCUUUUCCAAGCAUGUUAAAUUUGGGAUUUUGUGGCUCCUCUUUGGGAUCAUCUUCUAUCCACCACCUGUCUGAAUUUUUUGAUGACCUAUUUACUUCGUCUUUUAAAUUUAGCGUUCAACAUUGGUAGUCUUAUUUGAGGGAGGAAAUAAUUUGGCCUAUUGUUACUUCUGGUUUGUAAACAAGAAGGGACUUUGAGUACCUGUUUCUACACACACAUACACACACACA